UACACGAAGGCGUCCGUGAAUCAGUUCGUAACUUAUUUACUUGUUAAAAACAAACUAAAAAAAUGAAGGUCAUAAAAUAACACGAUGACCUUAACAUUUCAUUAUUUUGGACGGACRUUUCUGACUCGACUUCCUUUAGUUUUAAUGACUGAAUCUCACUCCUCCUCUUCCUUUAGCUCCGUCUCUGAAUCUGGGUUUUCGAACCAUGGCGCUGCGCYUCGAACAUCUCUCUGUCUACGUGGCGUUCUGUUCCUUAUUAAACUUCAUCGUAGGAGCGUCGUUCAGCAGCAGCAGCUCCAACAUUUUAUCCCUUCUGCAGCCGUAUGAUUUCUUGUAUUACAGCGGGGUUCGGGCUUAUUAUGGAGAGGAGUGGGCAAAGGCUGCAGAGCUGCUGGAGAAGUCCAUCGGAACCAGGGAGACCCUGCUGAGAGUCCGCAGACAGUGUCACCAGGACUGUGAGGCGUCUGGGUCUGAAGCUUUUAACAAACUGGAUUCUGAGGAGGGGAACAUGUGGGACCUCUGGGCCUUGGACUGGGUCCAGCAGAGAGCUGAGUGUUUGAGGUUCUGUAUCGGACGAUCCGUCUCACCUGCAGGACAGCUGCCUGUUUCUUCCGACAUCGAAUAUGAAUUYGACACUCGCAACCCGUACAACUUUCUGCAGGUGACAUUCUACAAGUUGGAAAAGUUAAAAAAAGCGGCUGCAGCAGCUCACACCUACUUUGUGGCCAACCCGAGUCAUCUGGAGAUGAGAAACAACAUAGAAAAGUACCGACGGAUGGACGGCGUUCUGGAGGAGGACUUCCAGGACAGAGAGGCUGAGAGGAGGAAACACUGGGUCCUGUACGACGCUGCUCUCCAGCACGAAGCCUCCUCUGACUGGCUGCAGGCGGCUGACAAGUGGAAAGCUUGUGUGAACGAGACUCUGCGGCAGACUGAGGAGUGCAGGGUGCAGUGUGAGGUCGCCUCGCAGCGGCUGCCUGAGGACCGCGGCGUGGACACCGUUGACGGAGUCUAUGAGAAGGCUGCAGCUCUUUCUCUGUCUCUGCUGGCGUGCCAUCAGUCCUGCGUGACUCAGGUCGCCACACGACCCGAGAGGAUCUCUGCUCAGGAGGACUUCCUGCCGACGCAGCUGGAGCAUCUGCACAUUGCACAGUUUAAAGCUGGUGAUGUUCUUGGAGCCCUGCGGACUCUUCGCWCGUUCCUCCUGUUUUACCCCUCCGACACGGGCUCCUCAGACAACCUGCAGCUCUACCAGGAAACACUAGGGGGAGACACAGAGUCACAUGAAACACAACCUGCCCAGGAGAUCGUCACAUACAUCAUUCGGUCCUUGCAGGAGAAGAAGCUGCUUUAUUUUGGCGUGGAGAACCUUGAGUUCAGCUUCASUGACCCAGACCUUUGGACUCCAGAAGACGUGGUGCCUGAAUCAAUAAGGGCGGAUUGGAGAGCGGAAAAAGAGAAAUUAAAUGAGAAAUUAAAAGAAGGAAAUCAGCUGGAGGAAGUGGACGACAGUGGGUUUUUCGCAGGGGGCCCAGUCCCUCAGGUGGGUGUGACCAUAUCCAUGGACGAUGAAGCUCUGAACGGGACCAAUCGAGUUCUCCUCGAUGGAGUCAUGACGGAGGAGGAGUGUGGCAGAACGCUGCAGUUAGCGUCUGUCGCCGCAUCUCUYGGAGACGGUUACCGAGGUCGACGCUCUCCACACACGCCUCAUGAGACGUUCGAGGGUCUUACUGUCCUCACGGCUGCUAAGCUGUCUCAGGAAGGUCUGGUGAACUCGUCAGACGCCAUGUUGCUUCACGAGCUGGGUGAAAGAGCCAGAACUCUGCUGCACUCCUACUUCAGGAGCCCUUCUGAACUUUUUAUUUCCUUCACACACCUGGUGUGCCGUAGUGCCGUUGCAGGUGACCAGGAGGGCAGGCUGGAUCUGUCUCACCCCAUUCAUGUUGACAACUGCCUUCUUGAGCCUGAAACCAAACAGUGUUGGAGGGAACCGCCUGCCUUCAUACACAGAGAUCUCAGUGCGAUCCUCUACCUGAAUGAUGACUUUGAUGGAGGAGAGUUUAUCUUCACUAAAAGAGAUGCCAAGACAGUAACGGCUCGAGUUAAGCCCAGCUGUGGUCGAUUGCUGGGUUUUUCUGCAGGCCCAGUAAAUCCUCAUGGAGUUACUGCUGUGACAAGAGGCCGGCGGUGCGCUCUGGCCCUGUGGUUCACUAAAGAGAAGCUCUACAGAGACAUGGAGAGAGAGGAGGCAGAAGCCCUGUGGGCAGCAGAUGGUCAUAAAGUGCAGAAAAAGGUGGAGGAGGAGAGAGAGGGCAGCGCCAACGCCGGCCGUAACGCUCGGAGUCAGGCGACAAAAGAAAGGAGCAGAGAGCGAAGCCGGGUGACGGGGGGAAAGGAUGAGCUGUGAAAGCCAGAAGAAACCUGAAACACUGAACCUUCUCCUGUAACAGUCCACAGUUUUAUCAUCUCGCUCCAUUUGUGCACGUCUCUGCAGUUCUUACUCCAAAACCUUUGUUCUUCCGGUUGAUGGAUUUUGUCGCUUAUGUUGUGUAAAUGCUUUAUUUAUACUGUAAAUGAGGAUUUUUAUGUCUGUGAUCUCAGUUUGGAUUGAUUUUAAAAUAUAAAGACUACAUAAAAAGUA